CGUAUUUGCGAGAUGAGGUUUAGGGGAGUAUUGAUUUUCUUUGUGGGCAGUGUAGUAUGUUACCUGCGCAUCUCCGAACUUGACAAGUUUGACCGUAUGAUGAAGAAAGUGUUGAAGUUUGUUAAAGGCAAAAAAGAUGAAAGAAAAGAUUACGCACCUUCUAAUAUCGGCUUCAGUACCGGUGACCAAUACGCCAAACAACCGGUUUCCAGGCCCACAGAAGAAGCGUCUACAACAAUAGAGCAUGCAUGCGGAUAUAGUGUAGAUAUAAACGGAAAGGACAAAAGCCUUACAAAAUUGCAUAAGGUAACAUGGCAAGGAAACCUGGAGAAAGUCAAAGCAGCAGUUAAAAAAACAGACAUUGACAUCCGUGACCGUUCAAACAGAACAGCAUUGCAUUUGGCUGCAGCAAGAGGUCAUGCAAAUGUUGUGUACUUUCUCGUAAAUAACAAAGCAAGCGUUAACAUUCGAGACAGUGAUGGAAAAGUUCCUUUGUUGAAGGCCGUGGAAAGUGGCAACAAAGAGACAGUCCAUAUUUUACUGGAAAAUGGAGUUGACUUAAAUCCAGUUGAUUACAGUGGCAACUCGACCUUGCACAUAACUGCCAGAAAAGGAUUUUACGACAUCUCUUCAAUGUUGCUGGAGAAAGGAGUCAACACUGAAGUUUCAAAUAAUGUGGGUGAAUUUCCUCUCCAUCUUGCAACACAAGCUGAACAUAAUGAACUUGUUGAGCUACUUCUUAGAUAUGGAGCAUCUGUCAAUGUUGUUGACUCUAAUAAUAGAAGUCCCCUGAUGCUUGCAGCAAGAAACGGAAACAUGUCCUUAGUUAGGCUUUUUCUGGAUUAUGGAGCUCAGAGAUGUCUGACAGAUGGAAAUAACAUGACAGCAGAGGAUUAUGCUGUUUUGGAAGGGUAUCAUGAAUUGGCAACUGAACUGAAGAAAUCAGCUACUCAUAAUACAUUCUCACCGUAUGGUAAUACAGAAGAAAACAAAAAAUAUAUACAGAGAAUCACAGAGAGGUCAGCUUCUUUGGAGCCUCUAUCGAAAGUAUCUGCAGUAGCAGUGGAAAGGUGCACCACAUUCAAAGAUGAUGGAACAGAGACUCGUGAAGCUCAUAACAUCUUGAAUGAAAACAAACUGCAAGAAUUGUGUGAUAAGUCACAAAGCCCAUCUUUGGAACUUCAGGAAUUUGUGCAGCCAUCUGAUGAUGAAAUAAGUGAAGAGAGUGGCAAAGAUUUAAGAGCAACUGAGAGACGUGAGGAGGAUUCUCCCAGGUCCUGCAUUAUUCCACCACCCUGUAAGCCACCUCGUAGCUGGGAUUUCAUACAGUCAGGUGUCAUGGAUGACCACAAUAGACAAGAGCCAAGACGCCGUAGUUUAUUAACAUUAGGUAGUCUGAGAUCAAAAAAAGAAAGUUUCAAUGAUUCUUCAGAUGGCGGCCAAUGGAAGGAAUUAACUGGUGAUCAAUGGACUUCUUCUCAGAAGCCUAACAAACAUGAGGACACAGAAUCUGAUGACCAUCACCAGAUGGCUCAAAAACCCAAUGAUGUAUUUUCAAGUAAACAAGAUGUAGAUGAAGGGAAAAAACCUGCAAUGAAAAACUCUUUAGAAUUAGGAAGUAACUUUUGCAACAAUGUGCAGCACUAUACAGAUGAUGCCAAAAAAUCUGAUUCUGAAAGUGACUGGGACAGUGACGACAGCUUGCCUAUAGGCAGCUGCACUGCUACAACAAAUAAGGAGUCUUUAAACAUUACAGCAGUUAAGGUAACAGGAAGCCAGGAAAAUAAUCCUGAUGAAAGAGCACUGAAUUUACGGAGGAAAGGUGGUAUUUUGGUGAGAUCUGAAUCAAUAGAUUUACCUGAUGAUGCUGAUCUUGCAAGAGAGAGACCUGUUGAAAACACUUCAUCCAAUGAAACUCAACAAUUGAUUAAUUUAAAACAGGAAAUUUUCAAGGAUGAAAAAGUGGCUUUCCAGAACAUGAAGCCUUGUGUGAAUGAGGAAGGGACUUUGGGCAGAGAAGGUACAUUGAUGGGAUAUGAAGAGAUAUGGGCAUCAAACCCCCAUUUGCCAUUGUCAACCUCAGAAUCGUCUGUGCUAAACUCUUGUUUUAAUGUACAAAAAACAACAUUAACAAAAAAAGAUAGUUCAGACCGAACAGAAGUGUCUGAAAAUAUUUGUAUAGGAACCUUGCUGCAAGAUAUAUCUGAAACUAAAACCCUCUCAUGGGAUACUCAUAUGCUGAUGUCAGCAUCAAAUGUACAACCUGAAACAAAGGAUGAUACACUUUUAUUUAGAUCACCUUGCUUGGACCAAAGGGGGAAAACUCUUAACUCAAGUGAAGCUGGAUUAUGUCACUCGAAAAUGACAGAAGUGCCUGAUAUUCAAAGUGCAAUAUUUCCAAAAGUUAAGGUAUAUCACAGUAAAAGUGAAUCUUGCUCAAUGGAUGCUCUUAAUGGUAAACUACCUUCUCAUGGAGCCAUGAAAGAAGUUAAAAUAGCGCAUUGGAAGCGGCAUUCUCAUCAUCAAUCAAUAUCUGUACCCCUAUGGAACAAAAGUGAGGAGUUGCAGAAGCUAUCUGAGCCAAAUACAGACCCAAUAGUUAUAGAUAAUGGCCAUAUAAAAGCGCAGCUGAAAUGCUAUGAUGAAGCUUUACAAGAGUUAGCACAAGUCCCAUUCAUAAAAAAACAGACAUCCCUACCACUACCUCAUAAAAAUGAGGCAUGGGAUCCAAUUUUUUCACAGUUUUCAGGUACAAGAGGACACCAUUAUUUGUCUCUCCCUAGAACAAAUGAAUUAAUUGAUGAAGCAUUCAAAGAAAUAGGAAAGUCUUCAGUGAAAUUGAAACAAGGCUCAUUAUCACUUCCAAGAACAGCUACAUCAAAAGAUAUGAUUUCAGAUACAUACCCAACACUAAUGCACCCAAGCAAAAAAUUGUUGCAGAAAAGGAGGAGGGCAGAAAGUGAAGGAGAAAUGUUUUCUGCCCCAGCAAAAGAGUCAGAAAGAAUACAGGCUACUGCAGGCACUAAAUAUGAGAAGCUGAAGGGAUCUUCCGACUCUUCGCUUCCCACACGUUUUAAUAUCAUAGGGAAUGUGACUAAAGAUGAUCAAUGUAGUUAUGAAACUCAUCACAGUGAUAAUGUUGUAUCUUCUAGCAGAGAAUCAUUGCCAGACAAACCUAUACGAAAGAAAAGAGGUAUUCUCUUGGCAAUGAGAUGCUUAAUGGGGCGUAGAUAUGAUUCAAUGAAUGGCAGCAUUGCUAGAAACAUGACUGUUGAAGAAACAGUUGGUGAAACCGUGUCAGCAACUAACACUAACACCCAUGAUUGGUUGCAAAAUGAAGGGUCUACAAGAGAGAAAUUGAAUCUGGAUGAUAGUACUAUAAGGUGCAGUAAUCUAGAAGACAAUGAAUUAGGGGAGCUGGUGAAAACAGUGGAUGAAGUUCAGUCACCAUCUUUAAACAGAGCAUCUUAUGCGAAUGUUGAGAAUAAUUCAAUUCUAUCCAAUAUUAGUAGAAAAGAAACUGAAUUAAAAGAUUCUACUGCAGGGGAAAGUCUUCCAAAACAUCAGGCUGUUGCGAGCCAGAGCAUAACUGAGACUGAUCAACAACCAUGUAAAUCGUCAGUGGCAACUGGUCAUUCUGAAGCACAAAUAAUAUGUGAGAGCCGUAAAGAUGUCCCAAGUGAUGUGGACAGUGAACACUCUCAGCUUGAUACCACACCGCAACACCUGUGUGUGAUUGAUAUACCAACUAAUCAUCACACUGUACUAAAAAAGCACCUCCAAACUGCUACAUUUGAACGUGGUCAGUUGCAACAAACUGCAGCAGAACUUGAAGAAAAGGCUGAACGUUUACGCUAUGAACUGGCUGACACUCAAGAAGCUGCAAAAAGCCAAGAUGAAGUAGUUGUAUUGCUACAGAAACAGCUAAGUUAUUUGGAAUCUGUGCAUGCUUCUUGCCUUGAAGAUGCACAACAUCAUCACCUCCGGAUUGCAAAUCUUGAACAAGAAUUGACGCACUUACAGGACAUAUGCCACAAGCAAGAAGAAGAAAAAGUAAAGUUACUGGAACUGAUUGUAAAUAAGAAGGAUAAUAAAAAUGAAGGGAUAAGCAAACUUCCAAUGCAAGAUGAGGACCAAGAGUUGUUAUCUGCUUCUGAAAAUCCCUGUCUCAGUUCUAAUGGUACAGAAGUUGAAAAGGAAAAACUUAAAAAUGAAGUCAAGUUGUUGGAGGAGGCAAAUACAGAGCUGAGACAAAGACUAAGUGAGAUCAAUGAAAAAUAUUUGAAGCUGCUUGAAGAAAAUACUCAUCUCAAUACAAAAAUGGAAACAAAAUCUGACAGCAAGAAAAAUUUUCCAAUGGAGGCUGGUACAGUGUAUGUUUAUGGCCCACAAGAAUUUAAAAUUGUUAUUAAGAAUGAAUUUGACAGUUUGUUUAAUUUAAAAGGUCAGCUCAAAAUACUUGCUGAAAAAUUUGAAGAUGCCAGUGCCACUGGAACAGAAAUGAUGAAGAGUGCUGUACAGGGAGAUCUGAAAAGAGCUGUACAUACACUCAUUUCAUCUUGUGGAAAUGUGGAAGCCAUUAUCUCAAAAUACAGUCCAAUAUUUAGGGACAUAAAAGACUGUGUGGACGACUUGACUGUGGAUACUGAAGAAAGAUGCUCAAAAGAAAAUGAAAAAAUAUGUUUUGAUGGUAAAAAUGUGUUUGACAGGAAAGAGGAUUUGAUUUUUGAAAGAAGUGAUUUGGGAGACAGAGAAUUGCAGGCCCAACAAAAUACUGAAACUCUAAAGAAUGAGUUUGUAGCACAUCUUAUAGAACUGAAGGAGCUCACAGAAAUUCAUGACUCAGAAAUAUAUAACAUACUUCAAAAAUUAAUUCAGCCUGAUGAACUGAGCAACUCUUUACCAGAGCUUAUCUCAAAUCUUGAAAGUCUUAAAGAAAAAAGUAGUGCUCUCUGUCUGCAAGUGGAGUGUGUUAUUGACCUGCUGCACAUGAACAAUGAAAAUCUGUUGAAUUUGUUUGUUCAUGAUCUUGGUAUAAAAGAAAAAAAUUCUUUAAAAGAAUCAUGCAAUUCCUUAGAAAUACAAGUGUGUUCUGACCAGUCUGCACAUGAAUUUGACAAAGAUAUUAAGGUCAGUUCAGAAAGGAAUUUCACUGUUGCAGAAACUGCCAUGUCUCAAAAUGAAUUUCCUAAAAAUAUUUCUGUCAUUACAAAUGACUGUGCAAAGGAAGGAGAUAUGGAAAACAUUGUCUGUUCAAGGGAAAUGGAUGGAAAUGAAGCACGAUGUGUGCCCAGUGAUGUGCUUUUGAAAAUUUUCAAAGAAAAUCUGCAUUUAAAAACACAACUGGCAGUAACAAAACAGCUACUUACAAGACAAUUACCAGAAUAUAAUAUAGACUCAGCAUCACAGUAUUCACCAAUCACUAAUGAAGAAAAAUCUUUAAAUGAUAUAAUUGCAGAGAAUGCUAGUUUAAGAUGUGAACUUCAAAAGGCAAAAUUUGAAUUUGAAGAACUAGAGAAAGAAUUAAAAGAGAUGAUGUUACAAAAAUUUACACAACCCUUGAUAACAGACCUAAAUGAAAAAGAGAAACUGCAAAAUGUUACAUUUCAAACCAAGGAUUUAAAAUCUGAUAAAGAUGUUGAAUCUGAUGGAGACAUGUCAUCUUCUGAAAAUGUAAGAACAUCUUUUUCACUGCAUAUAUUAACUGAUGCACCAGAUCUACAGAAAAAGCCUCUUGUAUCACAUGAUAAAUGUGUUGCACCUGAAUCUUCCAUCAUAACAGAUAUUGGGAAUGAUACACCCCUGCAACACUCAGAAGGAUGUCAUAACGAGAAUAAUGCUCACAAACCAGAAAUGGUUCAGCAGACUGUGCUCAAACCCACAGCCUGCGAAGUAGCUACAGCUGAAGUACAUUCUGAAACACAGAUAAGUAAAGUUGCUCCAGAUUUAAUCAGCAGGGAGAACACUAUUGAUGGUGUGAUGCCUGAAGAAUGCACCAAAAGAUGCAAUUAUUCUCAGUCAUUUGAAGUAAAAGAUUGUGGAAACAUGAAAUUACAUGAGGAACAGAUAUCAGAUAUUGGUGAAGAAAUGUUUGUUGCAAUUAGUAGUUCAGAGCAAAUUGAAACUGGAAAUAAUAUUUUCAACAAAAGUAAUAAGGUAAUAGUAGAUGGUUCUGAUUGUACACAAUUAUCAAACCUCAACAAUGUAGUAAAAUAUCAUUGUAAUGAUUUACUUGUACAAGCAAAACAUGAAGAAAGUGAUAAUGAACAAUCAAACAUCUGUUCUUCGAAGAAGGUGAUAGAUUCAGAGACAGAUGCAAGCCUUACAUGUAAAGAUAUAGGAACUGUGAACUUUCAGGAUACAGUAAAAUGUCAUUAUAAUGAUUUACCAGUACACACAAAACAAGAAGAAAGUGAUGAUGAGCAAUCAAACAAUGUAUCUUCUUCAAAGAAGACAAUAGAGUCAAAGAUACAUGCAAGCUCCACAGCUAGAGGUAGAGAAACUGUGAACCUUAAUGAUGCAGUGAAAUAUCAUUAUAGUGAUUUUCCAGUACAAGCAAAACAUGAAGGAAGUGAUGAUGAACAAUCAGACAGCAUCUCUACUUCAAAUAAUGCAGUAGAAGCAGAGAUAAAUCCUAGCCCCACAUGUAAAUUUACAGCAACUAUAAAUCUAAAUAAAGUCAGCUGUAAACAUUCAAAUAAAAAUGGGACUGAAAACAAUGAACCACAGUUUUGUACCCAAAAUGAACAGAUAUGUAAAGCUUCAGCUAGUCACUGCAAUUCUCAGCUGUUUGCUCAAGACCACUCUUACCCUGAAACAAACAUAAAUGCAACAAGAAACCACAAUACAUCAUAUUAUGAUACUUCUGAGUGUAGUGAUAUUGUGGAGAAUGAUCUCUUUAAAAUUUCUCAAAAUCCUAAAGGAUACAACAGUGUUCGACUUGGGAUAUCAGAAAAUGAUUGUAACAGUAACCAAAAUACCAUAGCUAGCACUUCUUACUACAGAGGUUUUAAAAGUGGAGCAGAUGGUAUUUGUGGUGAUAAAGCUAGUCAGAGUAGCUUAAAUACUGGAAACAAAUGUCUUGGCUUUUCAGCUACUGCCAAUGGUAGUAAAUGUGCGAGGAAGAAAGUUGUUAAUGGCACAAAAAAUUCAAAAACUGAAAGCAGCAUAACAGCUGAAAUGACUGUUUACAACAAAUCAGGUAGUUAUAGUAAAGCUGUUGGUAAACAGCAGGGAAUAGCUUCCUCCAGAAACCCAAAAUUUUAUCCUGAUCGUGAAGCUGGAAAAAGAAAUGUACAUUUCUAUCAUAAGUUUUCAAAAAUGGGUGUUGAUGGAAGUGAUUCAUUGGAAACAUCCACAACAGGUGGUAGUUCAGAUACAGAAUCAGAAUAUCCACCAAAAAAUUGUAACUUUAAACAAAAAAAUCCUGUAGAAGGACAGGAAAAUGACUGUGGGUCUCUGGAUAGUCCAAGUUCAGAUUCUACUCUCUGUCAUGAAGACACAGAAACAGAAGAAUCAUGUGAAAAAAACGAAAAUUUUAAGUUUCAUACUACCAAAGUAAGAAGGGGUACUUCUUCAAACAAUAAAACUCUAGAAAAGGGAAACUACAUGUCAAAAUUCACAACAAUUUCCGAAGAUUUCACCAAGCCUUAUCAGAAAUGUUAUCUUAAAGAGCACCACCAGGCUGAGAUGAAGGAGAAAGCAUCAUUUAAUUAUUCUAGUUCAGAGACUUGUUCCUCAUCUUCUGUAUCUAAAGGAAAACAGUGCCACAUGAAUUCAAAAAGAGACAUGUAUUCUGGUAGACAGAGCCGGAUUCCCACUUACAUUAAAUCAUUUGGACGCCGAUCAAGCACAAAUUCAGUCAAUGUUAAUAAUCAAUGCUCCAAAACAGAUAACCAAAACUGUUUGUUAAAACUGAACAAAACCUUUAGUGAAAGGAAUAUCUCAGAGUACACAAAAGACAGCAACCUUGGAAACAAAAUGAAGUGUAAUAAGAAUGCAUCAAAAAAUGCAUCAACAGGAGGUAACAGUCAUUUGCAAAGUGAGCUCCAGACUGAAAGAGAGAAAGUGAGGAAGCAUGCAGUGAGCAUCCGGAGACUCAAGUCAGAGCUACAGUUAAUGAAAAACAGCAUGGUGGAGAACAAGAAACCACUGGUGCUGGGACACAAUUCACAAUUGUCCAGGCAGAGAAACAGUAGUGUCAGUGCACCUCAUAGCCCACACCAUUAUAGUUUUACUGCAGCAGAUUUUCAGAAACAGGUAAAUGAGCUGGAACAGAAGGUUAAUGAAGAGCAUGCUUUGAGGUUUUCCCUUGAAGUUCAAGUUAACAAAAUGAGAUAUGAAUUACAGGAAAAAUUUAAUAUAGAAAAGGAAUUGAUGCUGCUUCAGAAUAAGUUGGAGAAUGAUUUUGUCUCCAAGACAGAAAUGGAUGCAGUAAAAAGGAAUUAUGAAGCUGCUUUGGCUAAAGCAAGACAAGAUGCAGAGCUAUCAGUGUAUGAUGAUCUUAGACAUAAAUUACAUCAGAUAAAUAUUUUCAUUGAAAAACAGGCACAAGAACAAGCUAACAUUACACAUUUACAAAACAUAAAUGAAAGUCAAAUGCAGCAGGAAUUCAAAGAAAUAAGUUUGAAAAUCUUGUCAGACUUUGCCAAAGUUCAAGCCACGCUACAGGAGAAGGAUGAAAAAGAAAAAGAGUUAAAGGAAAAGUAUGAAAAACUUAUAAAAGAAUGUGAGAAAGAGCAAGAAGUACAAAGGAAGAAACUGAUUGAAAAAUCUUACAGUGUGAACUUGACACCAUACAUGAAUAAGAAGGUAAAGGAUGUGAACUCAAAGAGCUGCAUGUUGGAUAUAAGUUCUUCGCAACGCUCUUCUUCACUGCAGUCAUUAUGCGCUCGACACUCAACUUUACCCAUAGCAGCUGUUCCUCAUAGCUCAAAUAGCCCGUGGAUGCCAGAUAAUGCUCUGAACUACAUCCUACAUAGAGAAAUGGAGGACAGCAUCAGCAAAAAUUCAUCAUCUGAUGAUGCAGCCAUCCAGUCCAGUACCAACAAGCCUCUGUCUGCAACUGAAGAGCAACUGGAAAUUCUACGAUUAAAGUACUUUGUCUAUUAGAUUUGUUAUUGCGAAAUGUGUCUGGACUGACAAAUCAAUCACUUCUAGAUGACUGUGUUAUCAAAGUUUGCAGUUUAUGAAAAGCUUCCAAAAAAUUGUUUCAGUAAGACAUUGUGUAAACACUGUUUUCACUGUGAUGAAAAUAAUCCAAAUUUUAAUUGAAUGUUAUCAGUACUUUGUAUUCAGAUCUGAUCAUAAAACCUACAAUGAACAGAUUAGGAAUACAUUACUGGCACUUCUUUGCAAUCCAUACUUAUUGUUCUAUAUCAAAUUUUGUCAAUUGUUACCUGCUUAAGAAAAUAAAACAUUAAAAGAAGUUAA